AUGUCCCAAUUACCUGUCCACAUCAUCGAGCCAUCGCUGGGUGCGGUGAGUUCGAAAUCCCGGCAGGUUUCUAUCUCUUCACCCACCGACUGUGCUGACAGCGACGCAGACUACGAUCUGGACGAUGAAACGUUCGAACUGCCGCUCAAAACGCGGUCCACGACUCACCAGCCAGUCAACUUCCCAGACCUGGCGCCAGUGGGCAGUCUCGACAAGAAAGUCAGAUUUCAAAGCCAGACCGCAUCGCCCUGGGACCCACUCACGGCAGACAAGAUCAACACGAUGGGCGUCCUGGAUACGCUGCAGUCAUUGGACUCGCACUAUCUCGUGGGCUCCGCUCCCAGAACUCCCAGGGGCGGUCGCAAACCGCACAUAGAAGACGUUAUCCAGGACGCACACCAGCUAAACCAAUAUCUCGACCAAAAUUUCGACAAAAUUCAAUCGUUUCAGUCCGAAUUUUUGGACCAGGAUCAUGAAAGCUCCUUCCCCAUGAGCAACAAUUUCGCCAGCAACGUGGCCACUGCCCCCACAACUCCGUCCGGUUCGGUCUCGAAUUUCCAACUCAGUGAAAUCGACAUCAGCGACGCACCAGACGACUCGCAUUCAGACUUUGACCGAGUGUCAGGCGCGAUACUACAAAGCGACAACGAACAGGAAGAUCGCAAAAUCAAACAGAUCCUCUCCAAGCAUCAGACAGCGACGUAUCCGCUCUCGGAGAACCCCUCCAUUGUGAGUCUUGUUAGGAGCGACCAAAACACCCGAUUUGGCGCUCUGCAACACGAUUCGUCGUGUACGUCGCUUGGUUCCUUGGCCAACGGCAUACAUACCAUCCAGAGCUCACCUUUGAUACGUGACAAGAACUUUGAAAGACCUACAGAACUAAUCCAGAGGCCCUCUGAAGCUAUGACGACACAUCUGGAACCUGACGCCAAACCGCCCGAUAUGGACUUAGACGUAGCGCUGGCGCUAUACACCAAAACAAUCUCACAAUUGCUCGUUUUCAGCAAAAAAAUUGAAAAUAUUCCAGAUUUUUGUCCACCGUCAUUUUCCACCUUCCGCAUGAAAUCUGCCCCGACACUGGGGUAUGAACAAUACCUGCAACGGCUGUAUGGGAAGUUCUCAUUUUCUCCCAUUGUCUACCUUACAGCUGCUCACCUUUUGCAGAAGUUGUUGUUGCAGAGAAACACUGCUAAUGAACAGUUGGAAUGCCGGUUUAAAAUUGAGCUGCAACAUGUUCACAGAUUGAUCAUUGCCAGCAUAAGGCUGGCAACCAAACUACUAGAAGACUGUGUCCAUUCGCAUACAUAUUUCAGUCGAAUAUGUGGGAUCUCUAAGAAACUACUCACGCGACUGGAAGUCGCUCUGCUGGAGUGUUUGAAUUUUCAAGGGCUGAAAAUCACCAACAGAACUUUACUAGACGCAACACAGGUUCACCAAGAACUGUGCAAUGCCGUCUGA